AUGAAGGAUGAGAAUGAAACCAAACCUGCAGCAAAUGAGCACCACUCUGCAGAAGAAGAGAGCAGCACCAUGGCCGCCGUCCAGCUGCUCUUCCCGCUGUUGGUCAGCUGCGUGGCAGCAAACGCACGCCCUCCUCGCCAACUCCCAGGAUGCCAAGUGGUCCAGAUGGAUGUGUUUUGCAGCAAUCUAAACCUGAGAACUGCCCCAGUCAACCUUCCUCAUGGCGUCCAAAUGCUGGACCUUUCCCGUAACCAGGUGCAAAAUCUCACCCAGGAAACUCUGGCGUACCACACUGACUUCCGUCACCUGAACCUUCACUCCAACAAGAUCCACUUCAUCCAGCCGGGGCUCUUCAAAAACAUGACUGAUCUAAAGGUCUUAGAUCUGUCCAGGAAUCAUCUGAAUGUUUUCGCUCACUCCAAAAUCAACAUCGGGCCUCUUACAGCUGUUGAGUCACUUGAUCUUUCGAGCAACGGGCUCUACACAGGAAUGUCCGACUAUUUUCUGGCUGAUUCUCCAUCACUGGCAAACCUUUCUCUCAGCGGCAACAGCAUCACCAAAAUAGCUCAAGAUACUUUCAGCGGAUCCUUGUCCCUAAAAAAAAUCAGCCUCCACAACAACGUCAUCCUGGAGAUUGAAGACGGAGCGUUUGACUCUUUGGAUCAUCUGGCUGAACUCGACUUGUCCAAGAACUCGAUCACAUGCAUCACAGACUUUAAUUUGUGCAAUUUAGAAGUUCUCAGCCUCAGCAAGAACAGCUUAGAGUUUUUCCAAAGCAUAAGCUCACCAGAUCCUUACAGACUUCAGUUCCUUGAUCUGAGUGAAAACAAAAUGCACUACUUUCCUCUGCUGCCAAGAAACAACAUUCUACAACACCUGGACGUUUCACGAAACCGGCUUCAAAGCCUCAACGUCACAGGUAGUCCUGACAGAAGCUCAACUGUUUUUCUUUAUCACCUGAAAUACUUGGACCUGAGUUACAACCAACUAAAAGUCAUCCCUGAGUCAUUUUUUUACUGCAUGGCCUCCCUGGAGGUCCUGAAUGUGAGCAACAACUGUAUUAGCUCAUUUGCUAUCACUAAUGAAGCUCUCCUGCAGACGGUGAAGAUCAUCAACCUCAGCUUUAAUUCACUGCAGAGUCUGACAUUUGGGGAAAGCUCUAUGCCCUCACUGGAAGAGCUGCACUUGCAGGGAAAUGACCUCACCAUCUUGGACCAUCAAAUAUUUCAAAGACUUCCAAGUAUCAAACACCUGUACCUCCAAGAGAAUGAUCUAGAAAUCUGUGACGCAGACCAAAACCAGGAGAAUCCUCCAGAGUGUGUCUCCUUUUCUUCCAUAACAAACUUGCAGUUCCUGUACCUCUCUGAAAACAACCUGCAGGCUCUUCCUUCGAAUGCGUUUGCUAACACCCCUCUGAAGUUACUGGACUUGUCUCUGAACCCCGGUUUAGACAUGGACAAAGACUCCUUUUCUGGUUUGGAGAGCUCCCUGGUUCACCUGCUACUGAGGGAAAACAACAUUUCCAGUCUAAACACAGACCUGUCAUCGCUGACGAGUCUCAAACACAUAGACCUGUCCACCAACCAGUUGACCACUCUCCCUACAUGGAACAAAGAGUCCUCCAUUGAGUCGUUAAACCUGCAAAACAACAACCUGGUGACCCUGGAGCCCAGCACCAUGCUCGCUCUGGAGCACUCACUAAAAACACUCUACAUGGGCUCAAACCCUCUGAGCUGCUGCAGCAACAUCGCCUUCCUGCAGAUGGUCCAGAACUCACCUUUGGUAAUUCCCGACAUCGAGACUGUGACCUGCAUUCUUGAGGACUAUUCGGAGCCGGUAAACAUUAUUAAGGUGACAGAGGAAAUGUGUCAGAGACCGAGCACACAGAACUAUGUCACUGCUGUUGUAUUGACAGUGUUACUUGUGCUGAUUGUCCUUGGACUGCUGAUCAAGUGUUGCCAGUCGAGGAAACGAAAGCCCAACCGAAACUUCAGCGCAUAAUGUGAAUGAACAGUGCACAUGUAGGACCAUGAAGGAUCAAUAUCUAAGACUUUUCAAGUAUCUUUUCACAUGAAGGUUGAGGGGUUUUAAAAACCCUGAUGGUCUAGCUUUUCAAGCCUGCGAUGUGGACAAUAAGAAGCCUUGACCAAACCAACGCAUCCAAGAACGGCUUAUUUAGCCUAAACUGGACUCAGUGCUGCCUCUGAGGUGGGCUGUUGUUGGGGCCUACACGUCAACUCAGUGGAAUAUCCAUCAGCUAGAAAUGGGCACACCAUCUAGACAUGAACAUGAUGAUUUAGAAAUGGGUCCAAGAGGCUACAUUCCUAAAAUGGGCUGUGUAUGGAGCCAAUAAAAAGCUCAUUAUUGAUCCAUUUGGGCCAACCAGUGUUGGGCAAUAAUGGAAACUGAGGAUAGCAUUAGCUGGCCCUGUUGGGUAGCCAAGAGUGGUCCAACUUAUCAGUCAAGGUGUCACCAUUUCAGGUCCCAAACUUGUGUGCUGGCUUGGAAUAUGGGUUCAUCAUUGUUACCUCACUACUAGUGUGAAUAAUAAAGAAGAGGAUGAGGGCUGGUUGAAUGGUGAACUAUGGCAAACUGAAUGGCUGAGAUACAGUGAGUCAAAGAACAUCAGUGCCAGAUAUUCCAAAAGUGAAGACAGUACUUUUGAACAAGAACUUCUUCUGUGUUUGAAUUCAAAAAGAGAAGUUUGGACUUUUAAAAGGACGUCAUUCUUACUUCUAUGCAUCUUGAGGCCAUUUAAGGAACUGCAACUUAAAGCAAGGGCGUUACCAGUGUGGUUCAAGCUGUGUAAUUUCCACCAAUAUAAUGAAUGUAAAAGGAAGGUUAACACUACAACACUUUAAAAUGGAAAUGAAGCAAUACAAUGUUAAAGACAAGCUUUAACCGGCUGGGAAACAUGCUUAUCUGCAGGAAAAAUGAUACCAUUUACUAAAUACGAAGCUACAGGCAGCUGGUGUUUGACUUAGCUAGAUUUAGCUUAGCAUAGAGACUAGCAAAAGGGGGAAACAACUAGCUGGGCUCUGUCCAAAGGUGAUCAAAUCCACCCCACUACCCCUCAUAAAGCUAACUAAACCACUGUAAAUAUUGAUUGUUGCAUCCAAAAGCAGUAACACAGUAAAUUCAGGAAGUUACUACACCUAGCCAGGAAGCAUUCUGAUGCAAUAAAGAUACAUGUAAAACCA